ACUGGUUGUCCUUCUUUGCACCGUCUCAUGGAGCCAUUGCUUGGCGAUGUCAAGGGCGACAAGACUGGCAUGUGCUUCUUCAUGCUGGGUGCUUCGACGACCAUUGCCUGGGAUAGCAUCUACCUUUCGGUGGCCUACUUUCAGCAGAUCCUCGGGGUGCGGGUGCUUUCAAUUCUGUCCUUGUGCUUUAGCCUGCCGCUGUUCCUGGCGAUGCUGCUGUGCCUCUGCCUGAAGAAACAGCCGUCGAUCCGCGCGAUGAUAUGGAGUUGCUGGCUUUGCCUCCUGUACAUGCUGGGCUUGUGCAUCUUCCUGUUGGUUGUGGCAUCUCUGGGCCUGGAGCCUUCGGGUUUGGGGAUCUCCGUGCUGGUGGCCGCGUGCGGACUCAGCAGUGGCAUCAUGCAGAGCAUGGUGGCCUCACUGAGUGGCAUCUUCUCCGAGUCUUUCCCUCAGAGCGAUGCCAGUGCAUGGGCUCUGAAAGGUGCAGGAGGAGCCAUUCUCCUUCCCAUGGCGGUGCAGAUGGCAUCUAUGCCCCUGGUCGCUGGGGGCAACGCCAGCAUUGGUCAGUCCACAGUCAUCGUCUUUCUUCUGGCGGCGAGUCUUCUGGCAUCCGCCCUGGCAUGCCUGCAGAGGCUUUCUCAGAGCUCCGUUUGGGCGGCUGACCCGCCCUGUCCUGUGUAUACCAUCGGAACCGAGCCCUCCGUCGCAUUGCAGCGCUGGGCCACCGUGAGGUGGUGUGCUCUGGCUCAGGUGGUCAGUGUGUCGGUCACUAGCUUCCUGCUGGCGCUCUCCCCUCACAUCACCGCAAGGUUUGGAGGGCAGCGGUUUCUGGCGACGGUUCUGAUUUCAACGCACACUAUCGCCAACUUCGGGGGUCGUGUUGCGAUUGGAGGGCGGUGGGCCUUGCGCCCCCCGUCUGGCACGUUGCUGGUCGCGCUGGUUCUGGGCCGAUUGCUCUUUGUCCCGCUGGUCAUGGGCUAUGCGCAGGGUGUGCAGCCAGAUCCCUUCAACCUCAGCAUCAUCGCAACCUAUUUCAUGAUGUCCUUCUCAGGGGGAGCCGCCGCCAUGCUGGUGUCACAGAGGGCCCAGUCCUUGUGUGAUCACGGCGAGCUGCCCUGCCCCAUCGUGGCACAGAUUACCUGGCUUGCUCUGCAGCUGGGGGGCCUGGUGGGCGCGGCAGCCUCCUUCGUGCAGUGAGAACUUGGGUAGACUUAGGAUACAUUUCACAUUUUACCAGUGACUUAAAGUGAAGCAAACAAUAAAAUAUACAUUCUAUAACUGGGC